AUGGAGUCAAAAGAUACGGCCACUUUCGAGAGUGUUAAUUCAACUGUUGCAUCUAAAUUGACAACUUUUGGAAUACGAUUUCUGUCGAGUAAUUUGUCGAACGAUGAUAAUCGUCAAGCAGAAGAGAAGCCUCAGGAGCAAUUGCCGGUGAGCAAUGCAGAUGAGGCUCGUCCUGAACAGAUUGUUGUGAUCAUGGCUGGAGACCAGACCCCGAGUUUCAUUGCAAUGCCAGCGCCUUCGCCACGUCCAGGUUCUCCAGAAGAACAAGUGAACAACAAUUUUAAGGUGAAUCAGAUCAAAUGGAGACCAACUCGCAAGUUCAUAUCAAAGAGUCAAAAAAAUCCCAAAAAAAUUUCAACAAUUGAGAUGAGUGAUGAGGACAAGAAAGUUCUUGAAGAAAAAAUCAAGAAAUGGGAAGACGAUGAAUUUCAUUGCAAGAAUUACUUGUUAAAUUGUCUUUCUGAUGAAUUUUAUGAAUUUUAUGAGAAUUCAUAUCCUACUGCUAAAAAGAUUUGGAGAGCUUUGCAGAAAAAAUAUGACACUGAAGAAGCAGGCGCAAAGAAAAAUGCCGCAAGCCGCUACUUCAAAUUUCAAAUGGUGGAUGGAAAAUCUGUGGUGGUCCAAACUCAUGAACUUCAAAUGAUUGUACAUGAGUUAAGAUCCGAAGGAAUUCAGAUUGGUGAACAACUUCAAGUUGCUGCUAUAGUGGAUAAACUUCCACCAUCUUGGAAGGAAUUCCAAAAGAGCUUGCGAUACAAGCAAAAGGAGUUUUCAUUAAAAAGUCUCAUUACUCGUCUAAGGAUUGAAGAAGAAACAAUAAAUCAAGAUGCCAAAAGUGGACAAAAUGGUAAUGAAAAUGGUGCUACCAAGAUUGGAAUACAUUGUCUGGAGAUUCAUUAUCCAUUACUGAUAGGGUGUUAA